CGAUUUUAACCCUGCACAAACAAGGGAAACCCUAAAUUAAGGCUAUACGCAUGAAUCGACCCAAAUCCAAACCCUAAUUUGCUUCCUAAUUUGAUCAUCACGAGAUCAGAGCAAACCUUCAACUUAUUGGCUGAUCGACAUGUCUACUUCUUCCAACUCUUCAUGUAAUACCAACCGAAUCCCUAAAAUAUUCAUGGUGGACAUGGAUGGGAAGUUGCAUUGUCAUCACGAGAUCAGAGCUGUUAUUCGCGUAGCAGGAAGGAGAAGUGUUCGAUGUGGUGCUGAAUUUUACGGUUGCUCACAAUGGCCGCGAGACGACUGCAAGUUCUUUAUGUGGAAAAAAGAUUUCGACAAAUUAUUCGAAGUUCAUUCAACUUGCAGCUCAAGUGCAGUUACAAGAAGUGAUGCUAUGACCGGGAAUGAAUAUAAUUUGCAAUUGCGGAACAACUUGCUAUCUCAAGAGAACAAUAUGUUGAAACGACAAAUUUGUGCGAAAGAAUUCAUGUUGAAGCAGCAGUUUAUGUUUAGUUUGUUUGUUAUCAUUGCCAUGUUGUUUUACGUAGUGUAUCGAAUUUAA